CCUUGAUCUAUAAAUGGAUGCUGGCUGACUAUCUAGUGUUUGAUAAGGAGAAGGUGUGCAAGCUUCCGGAUUAUCUGGGUUAGGUUAGUGCUAGUUUGGUACCUUGCACUGGAGUCACGGCAUGGACUGCGUUGAAAGAUGUCGGGGUUGGCAAAAGCGUGUUGAUUCAAAAUAUGUGCACCUUACUACUACGGAGACAGUCACUAACACUGGAAAAGGUACCGGCGGUGUUAGUAUGUUCGCUCUCAAACUCGCUCGAGCUGCAGGCCUCAAGGUGAUCUUGAGCUCUUCCAGUGAUGAGAAACUCAGUAGAAUGAAGAAGCAGUUCCCUAAUCCACCACCCCUAACCGUCAACUAUGCUACAAACACCGAAUGGCAUGAAGACGUCCUUGAACACGCCCAGGGCGUCGGAGUCGAUCUGGUUAUUGAAGUCGGGGGUACCGGAUCAUUGGUAAAGAGCAUGAAAUGUACACGACGCGGCGGGACGAUCAGCCAGGUUAGAUAUCUCGAUAAACAGGACCCCAGCCAAUUGGAAGAGCUGCUUCCCCUCAUUUUUGACAAAAGAUUAGUUUUACGCGGCAUCAAUGCCGGAUCAAAGCAUGAUGUGGACGGUCUUUGUGCGGCCCUAUCAGCUAUACAGAUGCAGUCUGACGAUAUUAUAGACUUGGUGUGUCCGUUCGAUAUGGCUGACGAGGUGAUCGAGUAUAUCUGGCAGGGUAGACAGGUUGGGAAGCUUGUCAUUAGUUUGUAAAUCAGAAUGCAGAACUAUGCUUAGAAUACAUCCA